AUGAAAGUUGGUCGGCUGACAAUCUCUUUUGACGAGGAAGACUUGGAGGGGAUGAUCCAACCUCAUGAUGAUGCGUUGGUAGUAACAGCUCGGAUAAACGAGUUCUUGGUGAAAAGAGUGAUGAUAGACCAGGGAAGCGGAGCUGAUGUAAUGUACCCAGAUUUGUUCGAAGGGCUCGAAUUGAAAAGCCAGGACUUGAUGAAAUAUGAUACGCUGCUGGUCUUGUUUGACGGAAGAGUCGUGAUCCCCGAAGGUCAAAUUUCUCUCUCGGUGGACAUGGAAGGCAGGGAAGUAAUGGUGACUUUCAUAGUAGUCCGAUCAUUCUCGCCGUACACUGCAAUCUUGGGAAGGCCAUGGAUACACGCAAUGAAGGCUGUUCUGUCCACCUUACACGUGAAAGUUAAAUUUACCACCGAGUAUGGAGUGGCCGUGGUAUGA